AGCUGGGGGCCCGGGCCGCCGGGCGGGGGCGGGGGCUGCUGCGCACGCCCGUGCAGCGCUGCUGAAUCCGCUGCUCCGAGGAGCCGCCGCGGGGAAGGCAGAGGCAGAGGCAGGCCGGCAGCCCAUGCCCCGCCGCCUGCCCGGGGGGCUCUGGUGCAGCCCCUGCUGCCCCCAGCCAUGAGCCCUUCUGUUUUCCCUUGGUAAAGAUGGCGGUGGGCGAUCGCUGCAACCUUUAGACUCAUGACUGUCAGAAACAUCGCCUCCAUCUGUAAUAUGGUUCUUCAAGAGCAGUUACUUGCAGUCGCCAGCUUCCCUCCAUGUGGUGCCCCAGCAUACCCUUUGCUGGUGAUGUCACACCCACCAUUCAUCAGCACUGGAGAAUGGAGCCUACCUAUAGGGGCACCAAUGCCUCUGCUCUGGAAAAAGACAUUGGCCCAGAGCAGUUCCCAAUCAAUGAACAUUACUUUGGAUUGGUCAAUUUUGGGAACACCUGCUACUGUAACUCCGUGCUGCAGGCAUUGUAUUUUUGCCGGCCAUUUCGGGAGAAUGUGCUGGCAUACAAAGCCCAACAGAAAAAGAAGGAAAAUCUCUUGACUUGCCUGGCAGACCUUUUCCACAGUAUUGCCACUCAGAAGAAGAAAGUUGGAGUGAUUCCACCAAAAAAGUUCAUUUCAAGGUUACGAAAGGAGAAUGAUCUCUUUGACAACUACAUGCAGCAAGAUGCACACGAAUUUUUAAAUUACUUGCUAAACACCAUUGCAGACAUCCUACAGGAGGAGAAGAAGCAGGAAAAGCAAAACGGAAAAUUAAAGAAUGGCAACAUGAAUGAAACUGAAGAGAACAAUAAACAAGAACUCACCUGGGUGCAUGAGAUUUUUCAGGGAACACUGACUAACGAAACUAGAUGUUUGAACUGUGAAACCGUUAGUAGCAAAGAUGAAGAUUUUCUUGACCUUUCUGUUGAUGUGGAGCAAAACACAUCAAUUACUCACUGUCUAAGGGAUUUCAGCAACACAGAAACUUUAUGUAGUGAACAGAAAUACUACUGUGAAACUUGCUGCAGUAAACAAGAGGCCCAGAAAAGGAUGAGAGUAAAAAAGCUGCCAAUGAUCCUUGCAUUGCACCUCAAGAGGUUCAAAUACAUGGAACAGCUACACAGAUAUACUAAGUUGUCUUACCGUGUGGUAUUUCCUCUGGAGCUGCGUCUCUUCAACACAUCUGGAGACGCUAUCAACUUGGAUCGCAUGUAUGACUUGGUGGCUGUUGUUGUUCACUGUGGCAGUGGACCUAAUCGUGGGCAUUAUAUUACCAUUGUAAAAAGUCAUGGCUUUUGGCUUUUGUUUGAUGAUGACAUUGUAGAGAAAAUAGAUGCUCAAGCUAUUGAAGAAUUCUAUGGUCUGACCUCUGAUAUAUCAAAAAAUUCAGAAUCUGGUUAUAUUUUAUUCUAUCAGUCACGAGAAUGACUUGGAGAACUGUGAAAAUACUGCAAGUGGAGAAACUGAUCAGCACUGUUAACUGACCACAUCUUAAUAGACCACAUCUUGUAUGGUUGAACAAUUACCUACCAUGUCUCCUACUAAACAGUUGAUGUGUUUUUUACUAUAACCAUUCAAUUUGACAUGCAGUGCUUUGGGUUUCUUUAAUCUGACUCGAGUUAAUUGUAGUCAGAUCUUAGUAGAAUUUAUAUGGACUAAUAUUUACAGGUAACAGGAUUUGAGGUCAUCUGUUAAAUACAACUGAGCUGGAAUCACUUUUUCUAUGGCUGUGUGAAUUAUAUGUAGGACAAAUUGUUUGAACUUUCUAAAUGGCUUUGAAGUGUCAAAUUAAAAAGCAUUCCUUUGAACACAUACUAAAAUGUAGUUACCACUGUUCAGUGUAGAAGGGAUUUUGUCACAUUACCUUCCACUGCUAGAAAGUUAUUCUUCCCAAAUCUUUUAAACUUGGGUUAUUAAAACUUUAAAUAGGUAUCCUCAAGACUAAAAUCCAUAUAAAGAGAUUUAAACCACAGUGGAACAAAAUAAUACUAUGCACCUGGUCUUCUUUUUUCAUGAAAUAGUACAGAUGAGGUGAUUGACAGUUUUUGAUUCCAAGACCUAGAUAGGCACUGAGUGUUUUGUGGGGAAAAGUGAGAGAGAUGUUCUGUAUGACACAGCUGAGGUACUUGUAUAAAAAAUGAUCUUAUCUUUCUGCUAAAAGGAACAAUAUGAUGCUUUGUUUGCAUAGCUGAAUUUGCAGAUCUUCCAGUAUUGUUUGCACAAAACAUGUUUCAUAAAUCAGGGCUACAAUUACACAACCUAGUUAAGUGAUGCUGCUGGCAUGCUCUAUAACAUUGAUCCCAUAACAUGCUGAGUACCAACAGCUUCAAUUGGCAUCAGUGGGAACUGUAGAUGCUUGACACCUGCUAGGAUGGGGACCAUGCUUUUAUAAUUUAAAGCA